AUGACCAAACCCAUUUUUUACUUCAAACAAGUUUUCAUAAUUGUCACCUUUGCCUUAAUCUUUUUCUUGGUUCUCAAUUACCACACUACUCCACCCCCGGUUUUCUACAGCCUGUCGUCCUUGAGCGCCGCCGCCGGAGACACCACGCCAACCGCCGCCCACCACCUCUUGUUCGCAAUCGCUUCCUCCGCCAAGACUUUCCCCGGACGGAAAGAUUACAUCGGGCUGUGGUACAGGCCGAAUUCCACAAGGGCGUAUGUGUUCUUAGACCGGCUUCCGCCGGGAGCCAAUAACGCCUCCGAUCCGACGACCCUGCCGCCGCUUCUCAUCCACGAAAGCACCGCCGGGUUCCCCUACAAUAACAGCAAAGGGCACCGCUCCGCGGUGGCCAUAGCGCGGAUGGUGAAAGCGGUGGCGAUGCGCAACGAGUCGGACGUGAGGUGGUACGUGUUCGGGGACGACGACACGGUGUUUUUCGUGGAGAAUGUGGUCAGCACUUUGUCAAAGUAUGAUCACGAGCAGUGGUACUACGUUGGGGCGAACUCGGAGAGUUACGAACAGAAUGCUUAUUUCUCGUUCCACAUGGGAUUCGGCGGCGGAGGUUUCGCUCUAAGCCACGGUUUGGCUAAGGUUUUAGGUUCGGUUUUGGAUUCUUGCAUCGUACGUUACCCGCAUCUCUACGGCAGCGAUGCCAGGAUUUUCGCUUGCUUGGCGGAGCUGGGCAUCAGCUUAACACAUGAACCUGGAUUUCACCAAACAGAUGUGUGGGGAAACCUGUUUGGAUUUCUGGCAUCACACCCACAGUCCCUUCUACUAUCUCUGCAUCACUUGGACGAAGUGCAGCCACUUUUCCCCAACAUGUCAAGGCCCCAAGCUCUCAAACAUUUCUUCGCCGCCGUCCACGCCGAUCCGCCCAGAAUCUCCCAGCAAACCAUCUGCUACGACCAAAACAACUCCCUCUCCGUCUCCGUCUCCUGGGGAUACGUUGUUCAAGUUUACCAGGGCUACUAUCCUCUCCCCGACCUUCUUCCAGCGCUCAGAACCUUCCUCCCAUGGGAUAAGGACAGGGGACACCCCCGGUUCAUGUUCAACACAAGACCGGUUCCGGCUGAUCCCUGCAAAAGACCGCUCCUCUUCUUCCUCGACACUGUUCAUUCUAAUGGAACCACUAAUGUUGUUUCGACAAGGUAUUCUCGGCACGGUCUGGUAGAACGCUGCUCCACACAUUCCAAGUUACUAAUGGGUUUGAAGGAGAUCAAAGUAAUUUCUAAAAGGUUGGAUAAUGUUGAUGAUACUAUUAGACAGGUCAAAGCUCCGCGACGGCAGUGUUGCGAUAUUACAUGGUCUUCGGAUAGAACGACAAUGGAUAUUAGGAUUAGACCUCGUGGGAUAGAUGAACUAACGACAAUGUUCACGUAA